GGUAGCUCCGAUGCCCUUUCUAUCCUCCGAGCACUGAAUGACUGAAUCGAGUUGGGGGAUCCCUGGUUUGGAUUUUUGUGCACUGUAGUGUCCGUUUCCUCACAGACUUUGGCAAAAAUGAUGGCAGCAAGGAUCCUCCUUCGCCGUGCGGCCCCUGCUCUCCGGCAGGUUCGCUUUUACGCCGAAGCUGCCAGCGCUUCUCCCCAGAUGUCCUUCACUUUCGCCUCGCCGAACGAGGUGUUCUUUAAGGAGGCCAGUGUAAGACAGGUUGAUGUCCCCACGCUGACCGGUGCUUUUGGCAUCCUUCCAGCCCACGUCCCCACACUGCAAGUGCUGCGGCCUGGUGUGGUCACCGUCUUCAGUGAGGAUGGAUCUUCAGCAAAGUAUUUUGUGAGCAGCGGUUCAGUCACCGUCAAUGCCGAUUCUUCAGUGCAACUGCUUGCUGAGGAGGCUGUUCCUUUGGAAAGCUUGGACCUUGCAACGGCUAAAGCUAACCUGGAGAAGGCCCAAUCAGAGUUGGUCGGCGCUUCAGAUGAGGUCUCCAGGGCAGAGGUUCAGAUCAGCAUAGAAGCCAAUGAAGCCAUCGUCAAAGCUCUGGAAUAAUCCUGUCACCUGCUUUGUGGUUGGAAGGUCUCCAUGUUUGCUGGUUACCCAUCCUGAGUGAAGUCAGUAAAUGCUUGUCAUAUGGAUUACUUUGUACAGUGGACAGACAUACCAAUAAAUUUAUUUGGAAUGAA